AUGCUAACCUACAAUUAUCGGGACAUCGCGUUCUCACCGUACAGUGAAAGGUGGCGCGAGAGGCGCAAACUCUUCAUUUCCGAGCUUGUAGGCAGCAAGCGCGUGCAAUCCUUCUCACACGCAUUGGAAGAACAAGUGGAGCAACUUAUCCAAUCACUCUCAUGCCUGCCGCCGUCGACGACAGAGGCCGUCAACCUCAACGAGAAGAUCUUCGCACUCAUCGACGGCUUCAUCGGCACGGUGGCGUUCGGCAGGAUGAGCGGCGCAAAGCUGCUCAAAUACAACAAGUUUCAGCAGGUUUUCAGCGAGGCCCUGGUUGUCCUCUCCGCCUUCUCUGCUCAGGACUUCUUCCCGGCGUCACCGAUUAGCCGGUGGGUUGAUAGGAUUGCUGGACUAGAGGCACGGCACCGGACAAUAUUCGGUAAGCUAGAUGCAUAUUUUGAGACUGUUCUGAGCCAGCAUCUGAAUGUAGGAAAGGUUCAGUCUGACAAGGAUAACCUUGUGGAUGUGCUCAUCGGUCUUUGGAAGGGUCAGGGGAAGGGCAAGCGAUGA